ACAAAGAAAGCUACGACUGUUUCAUUUGCGUAAGUGAUUUCCUAGGAAGCAGUCAUAGACAGACAACGUACGCGUUGCUGUGUUCAAAAUGGCGACCAUCAAUUCAGGAGGUGAUGCUACUGACCCUGUGGAACCAAUGGAGUUCCAGGAGGAAGAACUGGCUAAGUCAAGUUCAAGCAUAGCCGAUACGAAAUUCGACAUGACGAUUGGCCACAUAGAAGACAUAAUCAUGGAGGAUGAGUUCCAGAGACUGCAGAACGACUUCUUGGAGAAAAACUACCUUCACUUUGAGGACACAGAAGAGAACAAGUUCAUCUACACUGAUAUAUUUAAAGAAUAUAACCUCCUGAUUGAAAAGUACAUUGAGGACCAGCUAGUAGCUCGAAUACCUGGCUUUGACAUGGAAGACUUCACCAAACAACUACAAAAGAGGAAGAAUCUUGAUGGGGAGAUUUUUGAGAUCCUUCUGACAUUCUCCGACUUCCUCUCAUUCAAGGAGAUGUUUCUAGAUUUCAGGGCGGCCAAAGAGGGCAGGACGGUUGACCUCAGUGCGGGCCUCAUUGUCACCCCGUUCGCUGCACCAGAGACAGUUGCGCAAGCUGUGACACAUGGGGCGACACAACGCACCACAUACCCCCAAGACACUUCACAACCGGGCUCGUCAUCGUCCAAAUAGCCUCUGUGGAGAUGACUGCUUUAGGUGCUGAAGUUUCUUUUUUUUUCACUCUUUUUGGUUUUAUUUGAGAUUUGUGACACCUUGCGUCAGGCGUCCCUUUGCUCAUUGUCUGAUUUGUCUACUUGUUUUGAUGUGUAGAUUUUUUUUUAAUGUUUGCCUUAAGUUGUAAAUCCAAAGUGUGAUUUCCAGACUUGAUCACAAGUUUCUUGUGCAUUUGCUAAAACGAAAAACUGCAGCAUUUUCCUUCUUCGAAUGCAUUAAAUACACCCUAACCCUUUUCAGGGUUGAAGACAGAUGGAUUUCUUUCUUGAACCUCUGACAAUCUCCUGCAGUACUUUUGGAUACCAUUUUCAAGACAUUUACCUUUUGGCAAUCAGUGGAUUUGUAGGGAUUAAUUUUUUUAGGUUACAAGCAAUUGUCAAUAACUUCUGCAAAACCUUGUAGGGAAGAUAACCUGAAGGCUUGCUAUUUCUCACCUGGAAAUUCUUGUAAAUUUUGUCUCUGUAAAUGCAUGACAGGGAGUUUAUGUGCAAGUUUCACUCCACUCUGGAAAAGCAUUUCCAGAAAAAAUUCAUUCUUUGUUAAGGGUAGUUAAAAAGAUAAUGUAAAAUUCACUGCUUAAAAUAUUAAAGUUUCAAAAGCAAAAUUUGCAUUUGAUAAAGUUGUAAUUAUCUUCUCAGUUUAAAGACCUACUUCUCUUCGAAUUGACUACGAUCUUAGAGAUACAAAUUGUACUUAUUUCAAAAGUUCGAAAUCUAAUCAUAGCUACUCUGUACAUAAUUUUAAAAAUCUUAUUGCAGUAGUUACUCUAAUGAUUAUUACAUAACUGUAUUCUGUGAUCGUUUGACAGUACUUACUCUCUGUGUUCAUGUGUUAGCAGUACCAAUUCUCUGAUUGGUAUUUUCAUGUUUAAUUGUUUUUUUGAUGAGGCUUAUCGUCAAAACGUUCAGCUUUCAAAUAGAAUACAGUAUCAUUUGAAUAUUCCGUCAGUGUAAAUACUCUCUCCAUGGCAGAGACACCUGCAACACACCCGUUAUUUGAACAUGCUAUUCAAGGACGUGUGUAUUCUGCCAUUAUCAGCAAGCAUUUCCAUGUCAAAGACACAAAUAUCUGGCCUUGCAAGAUACUCAUGGCAAACUGUAAUAUUUAUUUGUACAUACGUGUAUGUUGACAUUUCGGAAUUAAAUAAAUUGUGAAGUUAA